UCGGGUUAACUCGGUGGCGGAUCUUCCGUUCAUGCGGCCAUUUGUAAUAUUGUUCUUUUCUCGGCGUGUCAUGGUGGAGUAGAAGUACAUUUUAACUACACAUCACCAUGCCACAGAACGAAUAUAUUGAGCGUAGCACCAAGCUGCAUGGUCGGCGCUUGGAUUAUGAAGAACGUAAACGUAAAAAGGAGGCUCGCGCCCCGCACAAACGCGCUCAAGUUGCACGUUCUUUGAGAGGUAUCAAAGCUAAGAUCUUCAAUAAAGAACGUCGCAAUGAGAAGAUUCAAAUGAAACGCAAGAUUAAGGCGCAUGAAGAAAAGAAGGUCAAGAAAACUACUGAGAAGGUUGCUGAAGGUGCUCUGCCAGUCUAUCUCCUCGACCGCGAUGUUCAAUCACGGGCAAAGGUUUUGUCUAACAUGAUAAAGCAGAAACGCAAGGAAAAAGCUGGUAAAUGGGAUGUUCCAAUUCCAAAGGUGCGCGCACAGGCCGACGGAGAAGUCUUCAAAGUAAUACAAUCAGGCAAAACGAAGCGGAAAGCUUGGAAACGUAUGGUCACAAAGGUGACCUUUGUUGGUGAAGGUUUCACGCGUAAACCACCAAAGUUCGAGAGGUUCAUCAGACCCAUGGCGUUACGUUUCAAGAAGGCGCAUGUUACACAUCCAGAAUUGAAGGCAACUUUUUGCCUGCCCAUCAUUGGCGUUAAGAAAAAUCCCAGCUCACCUAUGUUCACCAGUUUGGGUGUCAUCACCAAGGGCACUGUGAUCGAAGUUAACAUUUCCGAAUUAGGUUUAGUAACACAGGCUGGUAAAGUUGUUUGGGGCAAAUACGCUCAGGUGACGAACAAUCCUGAAAACGAUGGGUGUAUUAAUGCUGUACUUCUAGUGUAACUGAAUGAACUCAAAAUAAUUAUUGUCUGAUUUAAUAAAACAAAUGCCUUCUUA